AAUCAUCAUUUGAGCCUUUUAUUGUCUUCUUCUCUCAUUUUAUGCUUUGUUGUCUUUGCAUUGCACCCAUGAAUUACUUCUUGAUCUUUAGACAUUAGGGUUUCGGGUUCAAAUGAAAUUUUGGUAAAUCGAUGUUAAUCUUUGUUUUGGGUGAGAUAGAAUUGUGUGUGGAUAUGGCAAGGCGAAGGGCCAAGAAAACUGUCAACAAAUCUGCGUCUUCACCUUUGAAUGGUGGAAAUGGUGCUGUUGAGACAGAGGCACAAAUCGAAAAGGAUGAAGUUGCUUUUACAGACCAGGAAAUCGAACGACAAAGUUCUGCCAUUAGGGCUAUUCGUGAUGUGGAGAUUGAACAUCUGCUGACUGAACUGCGUUUGCUUCGCUCAUAUUUCAGCAAGGAGCAACUGCAAAGCCCUGCACUACAAUUUUUUAAAGAAAACCUCCCAAACCUUUCAGUUGUUGGAAAUGAAGGAAACAGACAAUUUGAAGUGCAAUGGAAUUAUGAGAACAGUAAUUUAUAUAUGAACCCCAAUGAUGGAAUAGACUUACAUGCUUCUAUUUUGCGUCGAUUGUCCAUGGUUUAUCCGGACUGCUCUGGUGCUACUGCUUCUUUGGGUGGCGUUGAGUUUUCUAGCAAAGCGGUGAAAACAAGCCUUCUAGGUGUUGGUAAUUUACAGAUAGGCGACUUUGAACCAUCUGAGACUCAGAUGCUUGGGAUGCAAGAUGGUCUUCGAACUCCUGGGGUGAGUAGCCAAAGAUUGUCUGUUGGGAUGACACCCAAAACACGGAGGCUGCCUAAGCCUGGCGAGAUGCUUCUCUCAGUCCAUGGGUCACCCCUUGGUGUCUACAAGGAAGAUAACAUGGAAGCCAUACAUGAGUCCGAAGAGGGUUGACUGGCUUCAGUUCAAUUGGUCAAUUAUGGUUUAAGAAUUCGCAAAUACAUGCAAACUCAUUGACCGUUUGAAUGUGCCUAUCCGACUAUUGUAAUAGCCGAAGCUGCUCUUGUUGCAAUUCACUGUUACCUUCAUUAGCUUUAAGUAUACUCGUGUAUUUCUUGUUUGUCUGGGUCCAUGUAAUUUCUUGUUUAUACUCUUAUGCAAAGGGCUUAUAUA